UGCGUACCAUAGAAACCCUUAAAAAUUGACAAUUAGAAGUCAGUCAAAGUCAAAAUUUUUGUGUGCAAAAUGGAUGAGAAAAAGCGGACGAUGAGAGGCAUUCCCCUCGACAAGCAGCGACUCUGGAGCUAUUUUAUCGAAAUCGAAGAAAAACUCCGAUUAAAAUGGUUCAAAAAAAACGAGGCUCGUUUGGACGAAAUCGCCAAUAAAGUCCACCUGAGACAAGUCCCUGAUGAAGUCAAAGAAGAAUUAAAAGAACGCAUGAAUAACUACUUCAAAACCAUUGAAAAAAGACACACUGUGAUGCAUGACGACGCACCCCCAAUUGUUGAAGAAGCAGCCCUUCAGAGCAUCAUGCGACCUGUUGACAAACACGUCAAGGAUUUGCUGUAUGCAAGUGCGAUAAAUGAAGGACGAAAAGCUUACUUACAAGAACGCUACAAGAUAAUACCGGAAAAACGGUAUUAUUUUCCUGAAACGACGAGUUUUCAAUACGGAUGGAGUAUGUCCGAGUUUAGUAAAAAUAUAAAAGGGAGUCCGUUUGCAAGACAGCAAAUUAUUAAAGAGUCGUUUUACCGGAGGAGAGGGGUGGCUCAAGACCCAGAAUGGUACAAAGAACCGGCCAAACUCAGUCCGCAAGUUUGUGGGAGGAUUUAGGGGUGGGAGUGGGUGUUUUGUUUUGUUAUGUUUUGGUGGUUGUAAUA